AUGGCCCACGAAGCGGCCCCCGAACAGCUGGUCGACGUCUUCCGCACAGCCGCGCUGUCUGUGACCAAGCUCUACAAGUCUUCGAUCACAGCACAACAGAAGGCUCGCGCGGCUGGGUACCAGGACUGCCUCGACGACCUGCUGCAGUUCCUGGACAGGGAGCACCUCGGCCUCGACGAUGGAGAAGGUUGGAAAAUUAGGGCCUGGGCCAACGAGCGUCUAGAGGCACGAGACGGCUCGCCAGGGGCGACGGAGAGUGAGGAUGAUUCAGAGAAGCCCGAGGCCAUAUCGUCGUCGUCGCAACAACAACAAUCGACACACUUGCAGACGGACACGCAGGCGGAGAUGGAAUCAGACACUCCGAUAGUGGAGGAGGUGGACGAGUCCGUUUCGGAUCCCUCAGAGAUUACCGUCCCGUCGCAGGAGUUCUUCAGCUUCCGCUCCUCGCACCCCUACCCCCAGGACGCGCAGAACCAGCUCAACAUCGGCAACCUGCACCUCUCGGACAACCAUACCCAUGACAGCUCCAAGACAACGCCGCGGUCAUCCCGCUCUGCACGUCAUCACGGCGGGACCGCACCACGGCGGCCUGUUCGGGUCCCCAGUCACCUCGGGCGUGGGGCGGGGAGCAAGCGCCACCUGAACUAUGAGGAGUUGUUCGGACUGGCGAACCUCGGCCAGUUCAAAGAUGGUGGUCCCGCUUCGAAACGUCGGCAUCUCUGA